AUGUCUUCUAUUCCGCCCCAACUCAUCCGCGUCAAGCGAAAGCGCGACGACGAGUCACCUGCUGUGACUUUCCUCCAGCUUGACGAAGGCGCAAAACGUCAUCGGAACGACAGCAAUUGGGUUUACCAGAGACGACUCCCCGGGCCUCAGUCUUCAGCAGUAGAAGCUCCCAGUCUACCCUCUCGAGACCCAAAACCCGUCAUUCACGUCUCUGGUCCUGGUGAUGUAUCCGAGACAAGGAAGACUGUUCCCCCCUCUGUGGGCGACAUCUCAUCAGAUUCAAACCUGAUCGACCCAUCCACAAUACCCGAACAUCGACGUUUCCAUAUUUCCAAAAAGAUGAUGAUGGCCUCGAGCGCAACUCAAAACUUGGGCACCGGCCUCAACAAGCGACCACGCUAUGGACCUGCUGUCUUUGUCGAACGAAGUCGCGCCAAGGCCAGUCAACGAGCAUCGAGAGUCCGGGAGUCCAUCAAAGAGUCAAUAUCACUACCAGCUGGUCAGAUAAUUGCUGGUGUGACAAUAAACAACCAGCCGCAACAGGAGCGACGCCUUAAGAAACCAGCAGCGAGAAGCAGACAGAAUUCUCCCCUACCAGACGCCAAUUCUCGGACUCCACUCCCAGUCAUGAACCCUCAUAACCAGGACAUAUCCAAGAUGGCGGCUGAUAUGAAUAACUGGGUCAUGAAAGAGAUUGGCGCCAACCUCGAGGAAAUGGAACAAGAAAAGCAUAAGACCAGCAGGUUCAAACCCAAGGCCCCAGCUAAACGAUACCAAGAACGUCACCCGGGAGUAGACACCACCAACACCAACGAUGUGGAUAUGACGGAGAACAGUGAUAUGGAAGAUGAUGGCGACUGGGUCAUCGAGGAAUACGUUCGAAUCCCUGCGCACGCUAUGACGGUCAACGUAGCACCAACGGAUGUCGGUGUAUUAGUCCUUGACGGCAAAGAAGAAAGCAAUCUGUUUUUCGGUCCUGAACGUGACGAGGACGAAGAGUUUGAUGAGGACGAUGAGGAUGAAAAUGGUGAGUCACUCUAUUCCUGUGCUGCAUCCAGUGAUCAAAAGGCUAACACCCUCCCAGCCGAGAAUUACUACACGGCAGAUUAUCCAGAGGAAGAGGUGGAUUCAGAUGAUGAAUUCGGGCGUCAUGCGUACGGUUAUCGCAACGGAAAUGCCUCCGACGACGAGGAAUUUGACAACAUCUAUUACGACGAGAGCGACAACGAUAUGGUCCUUGACGGGGACGACGAAGAUGCCACAAUGGCUCGUAUUAGGAACUACGUGAAACGUAGUGGUGCCUUUGAAUAA